UAAAUAAUGAAGCUGAUCAUUGCCACUAUGGCUAUUCUAGGAUUAGCCUCUUGCGCUGUUGUCGCUGGAGGUGUCGUCGAGCCCAGAUGGGGCGGUUGGGGCUCACAAUGGGGAGUCGCUGAUGACUGGAGACUCACUCAUGACUGGAACAGAGAUGGAAUCAUCGAUUGGAGAGAUGACUAUUAUCUACAUGGCGAAAGACCAUGGGCCGGAGACUGGCUCAGAGCCGACUGGAACAGAGAUGGUGCUCUUGACUGGAGAGAUGGCUGGAGAAGAUGGGACAACACCUGGGGAGUAGGUGCUGUUGAAGGAGUCCUCCCAGCUGGAGCCUGGAGAGCCGACGGUGCCGUAGUUAGAGAGAUCCCAGCCACUGGCUUUGUUGACGACUGGAGACACAUUGAUGGACCAUGGGGCGUCAACGAGUGGGGACGUGGACUCCCAGGAUGGGACAACUGGAAUGCUGGCUGGAACGGCUGGAACGGAUGGAACGGAGCUGCCGUUGACGACUGGGCCUGGAGAGACGGAUGGAGAGGUGACUUAGGACCCCGCGUUGUACUUUAAUUU